AACAAUGUCUAAGAACCUCUCGUCAGCUGAGUAGAAGACACACGCGCACCAUCUUUGACGCAUCCGGUAUGGCCGAGAUGGUAGAGGACGAUCACACGCCAUUCAUUCACAAAGGAGUUCCCGUUCUUCAUCUCAUAUCCACGCCCUUUCCCGGUGUAUGGCACACAGUUUACGACAACGUCCAUUAUUUAAACCGAGGACUCAUUGACAACUUCUUUAGGAUAUUCAGCCUCUAUCUGACGUCGCUGCUAGUUAGCUCUUAGAUACUGAUUCUUGUUAAAUUGCAUUUAUAUAAGAUUUUAUUUUUUCCUUGAAACAGAGCCACGCUGAUUUAUGCAAAUGAGAUGCAAUAAAUUUAAUUGAGGGAAACUUAAUUAAACGGUGGAUAAAAAUGAUCAUGCAUUGUACCAAAGACCGCAUCAAAUAAAGUGAUGUCCAUUAUUACUAAUAAAUCAGAUAAAAUGCUUAAUGUCUGUAAACCCAAUAAGGGUUAGAGAUUUAGGACUGAAUGAGCUAUAUGUAGUUAUCAAACAACAUGGUUAAACUAUAUACAUUUAUAUAUAUAUUUAUAUAUAUAUAUAUAUAUAUAUAUAUAUAAUCUUGCAGGUCUAUUGCCUAUGCCAGGAAGUAUUAAAAAUAAAUUUAUUUUAAAUUACAUACAUUUUGGUUAUAUAUAUAUAUAUAUAUAUACAUACAGUUCUAACUCCACUUCUCAAAAAUGUUCACAACAAGGCUUUAAAGUGUUGUUUUCCUUACCAUUCAUAUAUUAAGAACUUGGUGAAAAUUACGAGUUGUGUAACAAGGUGAGAGAUGACCACGAAAUUUUAUGCCAUGUGCUAGUAUAUUUAGAACACAAGGAUGUAUACAUCUGGCAAUAAACUAAACAAUGGAGUUAGAACAGGCUGGUUCUAGGAAAGCGAUAUAUAUAUAUAUAUAUAUAUAUAUAUAUAUAUAUCAAUUACAUAUAUAUAAAUCAAAGAAUAGCAAUAUUUUAAUUGUUAUUCUACACACAGUACAGAAGACAAUAAAAUAUUUCAAAGUCAAAACUGUUUUAGAUAUUU